AUGCCAUCAGACAAUGCAACUCUCUCUCUCUCUCUCUCUCUCUCAGAUCUUUCUCCUCCAGCCUCUCUGAGCAUAAGUCCUGACAGAUCUCAGUUUUUUAAAUUAGAGUCUCUCUCUCUGAGCUGUGAGGUUCAGGGGAAUUCUACUGGAUGGAGAGUGGUGAGGAACGCAGAAAGAGGAAUCCUUACAGAGUGUAAUACUGACUGGGGAAAAGAACAAGGGUCUUCAUGCAUUGUGUCACUAAUACCAUCAGACAGUGGAGUGUACUGGUGUGAGUCUGGGUCUGGAGAACACAGCAAUGCUGUCAACAUCACAGUACCUGAUGGAGCUGUGAUCCUGGAGAGCCCUGCCCUUCCUGUGACUGAGGGAGAUUCUGUGACUCUGCGCUGCAGAUAUAAGAGAAUUCCCUCUGACCUCACAGCUGAUUUCUACAAAGAUGGAUCCCUCAUCAGGACUGAGACUACAGGAGAGAUGACCAUCCCUGCAGUAUCCAAGUCAGAUGAAGGACUCUACAAGUGUACCAACUCUAAAGGAGAAUCCCCAGAGAGCUGGAUGACUGUGACAGAUGCAGGUCCAUCUCCCAUUCCAUCUCCAGCAGUCCCAGUGUUGUCCAUGACUCUACCCAUUCCAUCUCCAGCAGUCCCAGUGUUGUCCAUGUCUCUACCCAGGCUUCUGUGUAGUCUACUGGUGGGGUCUCCUUACCUGCUGGUGACCAUCAUACUGCUGGUGAAAUGCUGCAGGAGCAGGACUCAAGGUGAUCAUGUUGAAGAAGAGUGAGGCUGAGAUCACCUGAUCACCAUAACAACCAUCAGAAUGGAACUCAUGGAAUUCUAAUAUAGAACUGUGAGUCACAAUGCUGUAUGUUACAUUUUAGCUCCACCUGCUGGAACAAUAUAU